AUUCAUUUGUUUGUUAUUAUCAAGUUACUCGCAAUCGUACUUAUACUCAUGGAAUCAACUGCAGCUUCAAAGACUAGUACAGCUAAUUCAGAAUCUUUAGUACUCGUACCUCGUAUCAAUCAGUUUAAGAUAGCACUUUGCCAAUUAAUGGUAACUACUGAUAAAACUACCAACUUGGAUAGCGCUCGAAACAUGCUACAGGAAGCUGCUGAUAAGGGUGCCAAACUUCUUGUUUUGCCUGAAAUGUGGGUGUGCCCUUAUUCACAUGAAUACUUUGCAAAGUGUGCCGAGGAGCUUGAUAAAGAGGAAUCAUCACAAGCUUUUAGUAUGUUAUCGAAAGUUGCUAGAAGUCGUAAGAUCACAAUAGUUGGGGGCUCACUUCCAGAGAGGAAAAAUGGUAAAAUGUAUAAUACAUGUUGUGUGUUUGGACCGGAUGGAAAGCUCAAAGCUAAGCAUAGUAAAUUGCACUUGUUUGAUUAUUACGAAUCAGCUGAAGCUUUGAUUAAGGAGUCGGAUUCGUUCACUGCUGGAGACACACCUACAGUUGUGGACACAGAUGUAGGCCGCAUUGGGAUCGGUAUCUGUCAUGACAUACGCUUCCCAGAGCUUGCUAUGUUGUAUAGAGCAAAAGGUGCUGACUUGAUUAUUUAUCCUGGUGCAUUCAAUAUGAGCACUGGAAAAAUGCUUUGGGAACUAGAAACAAAAGCCAGGGCGAUUGAUAACCAGGUGUUUGUGGCUGUUUGUUCACCAUGCCGAGAUUCAGCUGGAUCUUACACAAUUUGGGGCCAUUCCAUGAUUGUUGGUCCAAGUGGUGAAAUAAAAGGGAGAGCUGAACAUGAAGAGACAAUUGUAAUUGCUGAGAUUAAUUAUGCAGAAAAUCAACUUCAGAGGUUAAAAAUUUGCGUGGAGGGCGCUCUCAAAUGCUCUUCCCACAAACGCGACCCUAAACUGCCGAGUACCCACCCAAGAGAAGGAGGUCUGGAGACUUAGUGAGUUUGGCAUAAGAGGGAGGGAUGUGGGCAGGUCUAUGGGUGAUUGGUGGAAAGGAUGUCACACACAAAUGGAAUGGGAGGAGAUGUGUGGGAUGGUGACGUUAUCUUGAGCGAUUUGGGGGUCUCGUCGCAGGAUGUUAAUGAAGGGGAAGGGGGCUAUCCUAUGGAGACAUGCAUUAUGCCAAGAAAAUAUGAUAGGAAGCUAUGGAGGUGAACUCAACUCGUCCCACUGUAGGAGCUGCUGCAUCCCCUCAUGCGAGUGCUUGGAUCAAGCCCAGCGCGCUGGGAACGUCAAGCUCAAUUGUGAUGCUGGGAAAAUCGGGAUUGGUGGGUGUGGUUUGUGUGUUGUGCUCCGAGAUGAACAUGGUGAUGUCGUGACUGUUGGUGCUUUUUAGUUCCAAGUAGCGUGGGAGCCUCGUGUGGCAGAAGCAAUGGCAAUUUAUCAUGGUGUAA